UUCAAUGACAAUUAUGUGGUCCAUUGGGAUGGUAAACUGCUAAGUGAUAUUGUUGGGACAGAAACAGUAGAUAGGCUUCCGGUGCUUUUAACAUCGUCUGGCAGUGAACAGCUAUUGGGUAUUCCAAAAAUUAAUUCAGGAUCUGGGAUUGAGCAAGCUUUAGCUGUAUACUCAACUAUGGAGCAAUGGGGUGUCAGUAAUUACAUAAAAGCGAUAUGCUUUGAUACUGCAGCAACCAAUACGGGAAUUCAUCAUGGCGCUGGCGUAGAGCUUGAGAAAAUUCUGAAACGAAAGCUUAUAUGGUUACCCUGUCGUCAUCAUGUAAUUGAACUUGUCAUAAAAGGCGUUUUUGAAGCUUACUGGCCAGUACAAUCAGGUCCGAACGUUCCAUUUUUUAAUCGAUUUAAAAUCGGUUGGAAUAAAAUCAACACAUCCAAAUAUAACGCUGGCAUCAACGAUAAGAUAGUGGCUAAUAUACUAUUAAACAAAAAAGAUGAACUAUUAAGUUUUAUCGAUAAUUAUUCGCAGAAAUUUCUUCCAAGAAAUGACUAUCGAGAAUUUUUGAGUUAUCAUCUAUUUUCUUGGGAGCUACGCCAAAGGAUAAUUACACUUUUAAAUGUCCGGGAGCAAUGA